AUGUACACCAGACGUCAUCCCUCUUCCUCUUCAUUUGAAUCUCUAUAUUGUCCGCCCCGGGCAGACGAGUACAUCAGACCGGACAAGACCGGACCUCGCGGCAUAUCCUCCUCUCCAAGAGCAGUCAGGCUGGAGCAGCAGCAGUGGGAUGACUUCAAGCCGGGCAAGCGCCUCAACGGCAUAGGCGAGAACAAGAUAGCCAUCCUACUUUGGGUUCUCUUUGCCGCGGCAACAACGGCUAGCUGGAUCCUCCUGUACACCCUCCAGCCGAACGAGGCCGCCGAGUAUGGCUUCAAGACGAUGGCCAGCGAUACGUGCAAGCACUUCAAGUUGCGUACCAACACCACGGGCAUGUACCUGUUCGCUCUCAACAUCGACACUACCGCCGUGGCCUUCAUCGCCUCCUGCUUCCGGAACGGCCUCCUGGCACCGAGCCCUGGUGCAUACCAGGGGCCCUUUGACCUGGCCGGCAUCAACAUGACACGCUACGACUCCCUCAAGGAGACGCCGACCAUGCCGCCAUCCGACCUCCAGUGGCCGGCCGAGUACGGCGCGUCCAACGCUCUCAACAGCUCGCUUGCCCGCCUGCAACGGGAGCCGACGCUCUGGAAGGACCUCUCUCGCGCUGACUGCGUCAAGCAGUACAACGACGCCGUUUAUACUCGGUACCGGACGCUUGUACUGUCGGCCUCGUCCUCGCUCAUCGCCCUGUGUCCCGACUCGUAUCUGGAGGCGUACAACGGCACGAUACACCCACCCGAGACGUUGUUUCUGACUCUAGACAAGGCCCGCGAGUGGGUGACCAACCGAUCACUCUCGGCCGACGUUUCGCCAACCCGGACCCUGGAGCGCCGACGGGCGCCGCUCGUGCGUCCGACCGACACAUUCAACCCAAUGCCGGGCCGGGACCUGUGCUACCAUUACUGGUCCGACGACGACCGGUGGAUGCCGGACACCCUCAUCUACCGCGUGCCGCAAUACCCUCUGCAGUACUGCCUCGCCGAGCCCGUCAAGACACAGCGCAUGUGCCAGGUGGUGUACAGCCCGCGCGUCCUCUUCAUCCUAUCCGUGUUCCUCACCUUCCUGUUCACCAUCGUCUCCAUCGCCCUUCAUCUGCGGUGCGCGCGGGAGGGGCUCUACAGCAGGGAGGAUGCGAGUGAGUACUUCCGCCACAAGAAGUGCCGUCCGCGCUGGUCGGAGAAAUUCUACGGCAAGCAUGGCGGCGGUUCGAGGUCAUUCCACCACCGCCGCAUGCCAUGGCACCUCUUCUUCUUCAGUACAGUUGUGUUCACCUACGUUUUCGUCCUCUGGGGCGUUGGGGGGAUCGGCGGAUAUUAUCCCUCUGGCCCUGGAGUCCAGGCCCUCACCUUAAACAAGGCUCUCCACAUCGUCUUUGAGGUGCAGUUUUACUUCGAAGAUGUCGACGUCCGCAAGCGCUUCUUUCGGGUCACACCGGACGUGGACUACCAGGAUGCGGGGAAGAAGAGCUGGGUACAGAAGAAGCUGAGGAAGAUAGGUGAGUUCUUAGAGAGCAGACAGACCUACCUCAAGUUGUCCCUCGCGGUGCGGUCGUUCCUGAUACACACGGUAUAUGAGCUCAUCUUCAUCUCGCAGCUGAUGGGCGCGGCGCCGCUGGAGGAGGCGGCCGGCACACUCACGGGGUCCAAGCCCCUAGCCUUCAUCACGCUCGGCGUGCCGGGCUUUAACGAGCGCUCCGUCGAUCUCAUCGCCGGCCUCAUCAUCUUCAACUGGCUCGUCUUUGUCGGCCUCCCGUCGGCUCUGCUGGACGCCAUCUUCUAUGCCACGGCUGGCCGCCCCGUCGAUGAGAAGGAACACGUCAUGGCCCCCUCGACCAUGUUAUUCAGCAUCGUUCGGUUAGUGAUGGGUACUUGUUGGGAUCUGAGCUUUGGGUGGGUACACUUGUACAAAUGUUGUCGCCGUUCGAAGUAUUAUCCUUAA